CUAGUUUGUUGAAGCUGACAUGGAGAGCGACUCUGAAACACACAGUGGUGAAGAUACUACUCCAGAUGACUGGAUGGAAUUGGCUGAUGACAGUCCUGAUGGAAGUCCUGCUUACAUUCCAGCCGACACUCCAGGUGCCAGUCCAGCCAACAGUCCUGCUGCCACACAGAAACCCUCAGAAAAAGAGGAUUUUAAACUGUCCCUAAUCACCUGGAACGUGGACGGGAUUAAUGGGGAAAAACGUCCAGAGCGUGCCAGAAGCCUGGUUAAAUAUUUAAAGUUAUACAAACCUGAUGUGGUGUUCCUGCAGGAGCUCAUUCCCCCUUAUGUCCAGUUCUUGAAGAAACGGUUUGCGAGCUACCUGAUGAUUGAAGGUGCUGAGGAAGGUUACUUCACAGGGAUGUUGCUGAAAAAGUCACGAGUCACAUUUGUGGAGAGUGAGAUAGUACCUUAUCCCACCACUCAGAUGAGGAGGAACCUGCUUGUUGCUCAGGUGAUCGUCGACGGCCAGAAGCUGUGCCUGAUGACAUCUCACUUUGAGAGCUUUAAGGCAUGUUCUAAAGAGCGUAUGAAUCAGCUGCAUGUGGUGAAGUGGAGGUUUAAACGUGCACCUGAUGAUGUCACCGUUGUGUUUGGGGGAGACACAAACCUGAGGGACGCGGAGGUACCCAAGGUGGGCCUGCCUGCAACUGUCUGUGAUGUAUGGGAGCGACUGGGCAAGCAGGAGCACUGCCGCUACACGUGGGACACCACUACUAACACCAAUCAGAAUAUUUCUACACCUGCUCGCUUCCGCUUUGACAGAAUCUACCUCCGCCCGGCUAUCAAACGUGGAGUCCCACGUCUGGCCCCUGAUCACAUGGCCUUGGUGGGGCUGGAGAAGCUGGACUGUGGACGCUACACUAGUGAUCACUGGGGAAUCUACUGCACCUUCACAGCUGAAUAGAACUACACAAAACAACCAAAACCAUGACAGUUAAGCAUUUUAUUUUAGAUCAGCUGCUCUUUAAAUCACUGUAACACUAUGCAGGAAG